GUCAGCAUCAGAAAAAGAACUGGAAAAGCAUAUAGCAUUAGCAUAUUGCAAGAAAUAGCAAGAUGGAUCUUCACCUUUACUGAGAAGCUUCUCAAAUAGGUAUAGGACUAAGUAGUAUCACAAUUUCACUGUGUUUUUCCAACUCACUUCGCAUCUUCGGUGCAGUGACAUGUUCAUCUUGAUCGGCUCUCAAACAAAAAAAACGUGUGACUAUACUGAAAAAAAUACUAGAAGUUCUCACUUUUGGUUUUGCCGCUGUGAAAUUCGCAUGAAUCCCCAUGCAUAUAUAAAGAUGAAUAAAAUUCGCCACUGAGCCACCGUCGUAUUAUUUAUUUUCCCACUCAGAUAUUAGUCUGUCAUAUGUGAUAAGGAGUUGUUUUUUCCAGCACUUGUAUGCACAAAUCCGAUACAAAAUUUUCAAGAUGGUUUUCCUGCUGUCUGAAGAGGAUUUCCACCGGCUUUCGAAGCCGAUGGAAAAACGGGUGCGGUACCUGGAAGAGCAGGUCACACUCCUGACCAAGGCGCUCCACGACGCAAACCUGGUCGAGAUUGGCUCGCCGAACGCGUGCGGAGUGGACUUGGAAUUCAUGGAGGAAAAUGGAUCAUGUGCUGGGCUGCAGGACACCGACAUGAUAUUAAGCGGCCAUCAAGAGAUGAACCACGAGCACAAAAAGAUGCGGGCUACGGGUCGUGAAGUAGAUGAUAUAGAAGUUUCCUCUUCUUCUUGUCGGAAUAUUACUUCUUUUACCGGAAAAAUACAGAGGUGUGACACGACGACAACGCACACGACAGAUAUCAAGAACACCAAGAAAGCGGUCAAAGAGCAAGAUGUAGUCAAAAACCCAUUUGAAGAGGACAUUGCGAAUUUCAAACUCGACGACCUCGAAAUAGAAAUCGACGACGACGCAGAGGACGGGUUGGCGCUCAAGCCGCAUCCCGCAACCGAGCUUCCCCUGGGAGGUGGAGACGCGAUGAACAAAAAUAACGAUAAAAAACAAAAACCUGCGAACACUUCUAGAAAUGCGGCGCUUCAUCUGCCGGAUCAGCAGAAACAAAACGAGGCCGAGGCGAAGCGCGAGCAAAUAUAUAACCCUGACUCACCGGGGUUCACUCUCAACGAGCUAGACGGGAUAGAGGACCUCAACACACGCCUGCAGCAGGAAGUGGAAUAUCCAGUGCAACAAAUAUGAUGUCUGGGAGGUCCGCCUCUGGAACAUAAUUCCAACUUGUGAUGCGGAGUUGUCAGGAGACGAGGAGGAGGACAAAAAAGAUGUCCAUGUUCGAUUCAGACUAGGCAUGGAAAUAAAGCCUCCGCGGAAUAUGCAAUGCUUUGUGUGCAUUGCAAUGCUGGGUUUUUUAUAGGGUGCAAAAAGGGCGUGACAAAUAUGUUUUCUUCGGGAGGACCCAGACAUGUUUGAUAUGGAAUCAGGAGGAAGCAAAUUGGGGGCGGAAGAACUCGCGAGUGGGGCAGCAGGGGUACAGUCUUUUACUUUAAUGUAUCAGUCUGGUUCUUCUUCUUUCUUCUUCUUGAUAGUCGAUGUUGGAGUAGCUGUCAGACUUUCUGUGCCGCUGCUUGAAAAAAUUUAUUUGUUCUAUGCCACACACAGCCUGCCCGUCGGCGAGACGAGCAUGGUGGGGGCAGCUCUUUGAGCACUUCUAAACAGGAAACAAACAAAACGGACGAGGGAAGCAAUAAGUUGUCCUUCUUACCGUUUUUGAGCAAGACGUCCACAACAAGUGGUAUGCUCCCUGGUACCGGCGUGUCCUCGUCCUCUUCCUCUUCUUCUUCAUCCCGCGCGGGCCUCGUCAAUAAAGGUGAAAAUAAAGUCGACCUUCAGACCAGAUCCUUCCAAAACAAAACCGCCAAUAUUAGAGAGAACAUCAAAACGAGCAGUGCCAGCCGCCGGGAUGUUGAGCAAGAUCGUGGUCCUAGCGCUAUCAAAAGUACGAGGGGGCGUCAGGAAGAAAAGGAAGCAACUGCUUUGAAGGUGGAGCGAAGUUCUGGUGGUGGCGCUGCUGUAAUUUCCAUGCGGGAAGGCGGUUUACCGAGCCAAAGAGUGCUGCUGCCCAAUUCAUCAUCAUCAUCCCGAGGCUUAGCUGCUCGGCGGUCCCGGUCUGCGAGACGGCCUCUGCGGUCCCGUGAACGGACGGGCGGGACGAAUUACCCGCCAGAGAGCAGUUCUAGUAGAACGACCAGGAGCAGAAGACCGGCGGCCCCACCAGUGGGUGUGAGCAGGUACGCAGAUCACCUGUCCGAGCCGCGCAACAAACACAGAAGUCGGGAGGACCGCGAGCGGCGAAGACAUUCGCCGAUCUCCUCCCGGCUCCUGGCGGCGGAAGAAAGAAACAAACUGGUCGAGCUGCCCCACAUGCGGACCCAGCGACCCAUCUCCGAACGGGUUUUGGAAGCCGAGGAAAAAAACAAUCGGAAAAACGUACGACCUGCUCAGAAUUAAAUGAUACAAUCCCAAACGGCAUAGUUAUAGACUCUUCCUUGAUUUGAAGAUUAUUGUUUUUCAUGAACUUGCGCUUUACUAUACAAAGUUCGUGAGGCGGGUAUUUAUUUUGGCCGCUCCAGAACUUGAUGUCCUGCGUAUACUUCCUGUCGUGAUAAGAGGAACGAGAGGCUGCCAGAUCGUGCCUUUUGCUUUUUGCAUAGAUUUAGAUAGGCUUGCGUUUUAUUUGUCGUCACCUUUGAGGUUGUAUUUGUCACUACACCUGAGCAGGUCAUAAAACGUGGUGAGCUCUAUUUCGGCGAGAAUUCAGCUGGAGGAGGGACAUCAACCACGGACUUCUACUAUGAACUGCAAAAGUAGCGCACUAGUAUAAAUUGCAUUACAAAUCGGCUCAGCAUUACAAAUUAAAUUUGUAAUGCUGAUUUCCCUGAACACCUAGAUUUGUAAUGCAUAACUGCAAUUAGUACGAGUACGAUACUUUUGCACAGGAUAUCUACUUCUCGUGUCGACCGCAGGAGGUCGAGAAGUGCUUUGCGUUCUACUACACGAACACGAGCAGCUUCUGCUGCGGAAAGGAACGAACACGAAGCACAACGCUCUGCGUUGUUCAACACCAAAAAUCCGCGGCGGUUUUCCCUCGAGAGCAGGAAAGACAAAGAGACACCCAAAACUCCUUCGAAGUCGAACAGUGAACAAGUUUUACAGGUGGUGGAGGCCACAGGCAACAUAGGCAUCAUAUGAACUGCAAAAAUGUCUGGGUCUGGAAGAGUUGGAACUUGUCAUGCGAAUUCAUUCUGGAAUAGGCAAAAAUUUAUAUUGCAUAAGCACCAAGAGCUUCCCAUUUAUUGCCACGCAAAUAGGGAAUUUCUCAUGCGGGAUAGACAUCAGGAGGCCUGCGCAAAACCUGUAAUGCUUUUGCGUGCAUUAGAGACCAGUGAGUUGCGUGAUCGAGAAGAUGCAUGACAAACUCCUGCAAUCUUCCAGACCCAGACAUUUUUGCAUUUGAUACAUCAAGUUUGAAGGCGAAAAAAAGCAGGACAAGAAGGAGGAUACCAGACCACCGUACUCGAUCUUCAGUAGCGGACACAACAAGGGCGGGCCCACUAACAAGGGGAAUUAUAAACCACCUGCCAAAGUCGUAACGGUGCUACCACCACCGUUUAUCCCGACGAAAAACAAGGAAAGGUAGGAGCGAGUGGUUGUAUGCAUAUGCCACCGCAUCAUGCGCUCAUUUCUCUUUAGUAGUCUACUUCGAGCAAUGAGAAUGACAUCAAACAACAAUAAUUCGGAGGUAGCACAUUUCUUUAUUACUUCUGCACCCAGAUGAUAGAGUUAGAGUUAGAGAUAGAAGCUAGCUCUGUAAAAAGCAG